ACUUUCCAUUUAUCUUGAAUGUGCACGACUAAGUACGAUUUUGAUUACGAUGUAAUUAUCAUCGGAGGUGGAAUCGCCGGUUUAUCUGCAGCUCUCAACAUCAUCGAAAGGGAUCAAAUGUUGUCGGUUUUAAUUUUAGAAGCAACAGAUUCAAUCGGAGGCAGAGCAAAACCAAUUCCAAUAGAAUGCAAAUCGAAUGUCUCGACAUUCGAUUCCGGUGGUCAUUUUGUAUCGAGACGACAAACUCAUUUGAUGAAUUUACUGAAACGACUGGAUAUGGAAGUUGUUGAUUAUAAUUUUUAUGGGGAUUCGUUAACUGAGAUUGACACAGACCGUGUUUUAAAAUCGCAGCGUAGUUUUUUGAUGGUAGGAAGCGAUAACGAAAAGGACGAGUUGGUUUGUUUUUAUAAAAAGUUGGGGGACUUGUGUAAAAAUGUUUCGAUGGAAAAUCCAAUGGGUUCUGUUGAGAGUGAACGUUUAGAUUCGAUUUCGAUGGAGGAGUUUAUUUUAAACGAGUUAGAUAGCGAAGUUACGAGGCAGCAUUUUAGAAACAUUGUUAGAACAACUUGCGGAUCAGAACCUGUUGAUGUAACGCCUUUAUUUUAUUUGGCUUAUUGUAACAGCGCCGAAGGAGUUUUGGGGGCUCAUUUAAGGGUGGUUAAUGGAGGGAGACAAUCUUAUGUUAAUGGUGGGAUUCAUUAUUUAAUUGAAAAAAUGGUUGAAAUAAUCGGUGAAAAUCGGAUUAUAAUUAACAACCCAGUUCUAGAAAUAACCCGUUCGGACCAGGAGGUUAUAAUUUGCGCCAUAAAAAAGACUUUAAGAUGCCGUUGUUGCAUCAUAUCAGUCCCCCCCUCAAAACUCUUAGAAAUCAAAUUUAAACCCCCCCUAAACCCGGGAAAACUUAAAGUCUUACGAGAAAUGCAAGGAAAAACUUGGAUACGUUUCAUCGCAACAUACAAAGAACCGUUCUGGGAAAAAAAAGAACUAAACGGAGACGUUUUUAUAAACACAAAACGAGCUGUUAAAAUCGUAUUAAACGUUUCAGUCCCAAAUUGUCACGUUUUAACAGGUUUGGUGGACGUUCAACAAUUUCAAGAAGAUUUUAGCAAUCAUGAUUUAGAAGUUUUGCAACAACUUUCUGAAUAUUUUGGGGAGGAAGCUUUAGACCCUUUGGAUUAUAUCGAAAGAUCUUGGCCUGAAUCAUCACAGGAAUCAGCAAUGUGUUGUAAUCCAUCUAAAUUAGGUAUCAUGAAAGAUUUUCACGAAAUACGAAGACCCAUCGGAAGGUUAUUUUUUGCCGGAUCGGAAACGGCUACUUAUUGGUACGGUCACAUCAGUGGAGCAAUUCAAACGGGGUUAAGAGCCGCUAUGGAGGUUUUAUUUGAAAUUCGACCCCAAGUUUUAUGUUAUGAAGAUAUUGCCGAGUUAAUACCUCGAAGAAAAAUGGUUUCGUAUUAUAAGGAAGCAAUGGAAAUGAAAGUUCCCGCCAAGAUUAUUAACUUUGGCUGGUUAGAAAGGACGGCAACUGGAAUCAUUGGAACAACUGGGGCUAAAUGUAUUUCGACUGCUUGCAAUCAUUUUUUUGUAUGCGACCCAAACGAUACAAAAGUUAGAUCGAAUUCAAAUAAGCAUUAAGAAUAAAUAAUUUGUUGCAUGUUUAUCUCUUAUUAUAAUCGUAUUGAAGUUAAUGGAACGGGUACAUUUCGACUCCUGUGUUAAAUUUUUUUAAUCUUUGGCUGUAAUGUUACGAUUUAAACUUUUCUACUUAUUUCUUAUAUGAAUCGUUCAUGAAGGUCAAUUAGAUGUCGAUGAAGGUGAGUUCAAGGAGAUGUUCUCGCAUUUUUGGAUGUGGUUGAGGAUGAAUAUGAGUUUAAGAACAUUUUCUU